AUGUCAGACAAAGUUGUAAAGGUGGGAAAUAAGUUAUAUAAAAAGCACGUCGUUUUGGCUGAUGUGAACAUCCCAUUCAAGUUUUCCAUAGACAGAAAUAGCAACAAACUAUUUUUUUGCAUGAACGCCGAUGAGUUUUCGGAUCAAAGUUUCCAAAAUGUAAUUUUAGAUCUCAAUACAGAAUCUGUUAAUAUUGUGCCAAAUAUACGAAAUGGUUUCGCGAGUGCUGUAGAUCAAAAUACUGGUUCCGUAUAUCUGGGAGGUAGCGAUGGAAUAUAUCUGUACAAUUAUCAAACGCACGACGUAGAAAAACCACCAAUUGUGCAAGGUGUUGACGUUUUUGAUAUGUAUUUCAAAGAUAACUUGUAUUUUGUAGACACUACUAACCUUGAUUUGCAUGUAUUGAAAAAUAAUCAAAAAACUAUCGUGUCUUCUGUUGAAGAAUAUGGAAUUCAUCAUUGUGUAAUAGAUGGUAGUGACAAUUUGAUUCUAGUCAAUCCCGCUGGAGUUUAUUUGAUGGCUAAGGAAGCAAAAUCUCCUACACGGUUUUGUAAUAAUAUUGAAAAUAUUCGAGGCAUAACAACUGAUAUUCAUGGUCAACCUUUUUUAAUCGCACAACAUGGAAUAUAUGCUAUAGAUUGUAAAAAUAAUCAAGUUACUAUGGUAUUGCCUCUCGAAAAUGGAUACGCUUUGGCUUUUGAUAAAGACAACAAUAUUAUUUUUAGUGACGGAAGAUCUGUUGUGAAAUUGAUACCGAGUUAA